UAAUUAAAAAUUUAUGUACACGGAAGAUAGUGAGUUUAUUAUAACACCAGACAUAGGACACUCAUUACCAUAGUAAUUAAUAAAGUAGUUCAUGUGGAAGAAUAAUAUAUUUAAAGCCGGCGAAGAGCGUACAGCAGGUACUGAGAGUAUAAAACCCGGGGACUAGGAAAUUUUUUUAUCACUCGCUGGCUCAUCGUCCUACGGUUCACAUAGCUUACAAUAGAAUCCAUAGACUUUUAAUUUUUAAAAAUGUUCAAGCAUCAGAUAUUUUAUUACGUUUCACUUAAAUUACUAGUUAUUAUUUUGUCUACAUUCAUUUUAUCAUCCGCAUCAAUAAUCCGUGUACGUGAAUCAGAAAGACGUAUCGAGUGUCCACGUGGCUGUGCUGGCGAGUGUGAUAAGUGCGAAUACGGAGUUUCGGUUUCACAGCAAUGUGGAGUAUUGGAAUGCAGAAAGGGACCAGAUGAACGUUGUGGUGGACACGGUAAUGGAGCAUGCGGAGACGGGAUGAUUUGCUUGUGCGAAAGAUGCAUCGGAUGUAGCACUGAUACUCUCGAGUGUUCAAGUACUCACUUCGAUCAUCCCUGCUUACCACCAGGAAUCAAUGACAACACCAACGACCCACGGUACUUGGAUUUUAAUAACAACCACAUUUUCUAUGGUUAAAUUAUUUAAUUAUUUAUUUGACUCGUAUUGAAAGAAACAUUGCCGCUACAUACGCCGCUCCCAGUAUUUGACUCUAGCUCAGAUGUUUUAUAAUUAUGUGUAUAGAUAUAUAUAUAAAUAAAUAAAUGUAUGCAUUUAUCAGUGAACCGUACAUAAAUAUACUCGCUCUGUCACUUAUUAUUUUAUUAAAAAUUAUUUUAAAUCAGCACUCGACUAGAAAUUAUUUCUACUUAAGUGACUCGAAACUCUAGUAAACUACAAUCACUGCAAGUGU